UUUUGUGCCUUUACGGAAGUGACGACAGUUGACGCUGUCGGUGUUCAGCACUGUUCCGGGUUUGGUUUGAACUGUCUCUCAGCACUGACUCUUUAUUAACUGAGCUGCACCCUUCAGCGGUGAGGAGGGAAAACACUGUAUUUGGAUCAUUUGUGUUCUGGUUUUGAACUGGACUUUAUAUCACCUCAACAAGUCUGCUGCUCAGCGUCCCCAGCCGGUUCAGAUAGCCACACCGCUAGCUAGUUGUAUAUAUAGUUGUGUUUGUUUAAUUAAGCUGGACACUAUUUAAAUUCAAACCUGGAGCAGUCCACUAAAGAGAAACCUCACACAUGCACUUUUAGUUCUUGAGGCUUUACCGGGUUUAAGCAAUGAGAGCCUUUAUGAAAGAAGACUGAAGAUGUUCACAGACUCUUCUGGAAAGUUGUAAAAGAUCUCAGCGCGGAUCUCAUAAGGUUUCCGCUACCGGACGAGUGAUUGUUCACACGGUGUGUCUGGAACUUUUCGGUGGAAUGGUUGACCUGCUAAAGACUCGUCAGUGUCUGUUGUGUGUCCGCACUUUCUUUAGCAUGACGUCCAAGUUAUGGAGUUUAUUUUUAUAUAUCCUCAGGAAACCGCUAAGAACGAUAAUCCAAUAUCAGACGGUGCGAUAUGACAAUUUACCCUUGUCGCCGCUGUCUAGAACCAGACUCAAUGGAGUAAAACGGAAGAUUCUGGUUUUAGACCUCGAUGAGACAUUGAUUCACUCCCAUCAUGAUGGGGUUCUCAGAUCAACGGUACGGCCGGGUACUCCACCAGACUUUAUCUUUAAAGUUGUUAUAGACAAGCACCCAGUCAGAUUCUUUGUGCAUAAAAGGCCCCAUGUGGAUUUCUUCUUGGAGGUGGUCAGUCAGUGGUACGAGCUCGUAGUGUUCACUGCUAGCAUGGAAAUCUAUGGUUCUGCAGUAGCGGACAAGCUGGACAACAACAAAGGCAUCCUGAAGCGCAGAUACUACAGACAGCACUGCACACUGGAUCUGGGUAGUUAUAUAAAAGACCUGUCUAUCAUACAUAGUGAUCUUUCCAGUAUAGCAAUUCUUGACAACUCGCCUGCAGCAUAUCGCGGUCAUCCAGAUAACGCAAUACCUAUAAAAUCAUGGUUCAGUGAUCCCAGUGACACAGCACUUCUUAACCUUCUGCCAAUGUUGGAUGCACUAAGAUUCACAGCUGACGUUCGGUCCGUCCUUAGCCGAAACCUGCACCAGCAUCAACUUUGGUGACCGUCCCACUGGGAGACGUAGAGUUUUUAACUUCUUCCCAUCCAGACUCUGUCCCUCAGUCCCAAACCCUCUUUUAUACAACAGCAGCACACGUGUGAUCAGGUGAAGGUCCAAACUGAACUUGCUUGAAGGCAGUAAAAAACAUUGGGAACAUGUUUACCCUUGGCGUCCUUUCCAUCUUCAAACUGGAGUCUCGGUCUUGAAAUGCUUCUGGAAUACUCUGUGAAGACGGCACACAAACACAUGAGCACAGACGCAGAGCCCUGAAGGGACGGUUUUAAUCAUAUACAGUGCCAUAUGACAGACUUUAGAUGCAUCUGCAUUUCUCAGUUUAUUGGCGAUGGACAGUGUUCUUCCACUGCUGUGAAUAUGUGGAUGAGGGAAAACAAAGAGCAGUCAUUUGGCGUCCUUGAUUCUACUCGUCUUUCCAUCUCUUGAGUCAAGUCUUUGUGGCCACCAGCUUGGGAAAGCGAGUGUUAA